GUCGUGGUGUCCACUGAAAGUCGGAAGUUGGUGUUUUUGUCAGUGAAACUUGACAAAAUGGCAGAAGACAACAGUUAUGAGUCAAUGCUCUGCGUAAAGCCCGAGGUUCACGUUUACCGGAUCCCACCGCGGGCCUCUAACCGUGGAUAUCGUGCUGCUGACUGGAAGCUGGAUGAACCUGCAUGGAGUGGUAGGAUGAAAAUCACAGCUAAAGGCAAGAUGGCCUUCAUCAAGUUAGAGGACAAAAACACAGGAGAGCUGUUUGCACAAGCUCCAGUCGAACAGUAUCCAGGUUGUGCAGUUGAAGCAGUCACAGACUCCAGCAGGUAUUUUGUGAUCCGGAUAGAGGAUGGAAAUGGACGUCACGCUUUUAUUGGUCUGGGUUUUGCUGAUCGUGGAGACUCAUUCGACUUCAACGUCGCUUUACAAGACCAUUUUAAGUGGGUGAAGCAAGAAGGUGAGCUCGCAAAACUGGAAGCUUCUCAGAGCACAGCACCUAAACUGGACCUGAGCUUCAAAGAGGGACAGACCAUCAAGAUCAGCAUCGGGAACAUAAAGAAGAAGGAUGCAGGUGGUGCCAAACCACGGCCAAUGGGUGGGGGUCUGCUCCCACCUCCACCUGGAGCAAAGGCUGGAGGUAUCGUACCGCCUCCUGGAGGACAGCAGACAGCCCCAGCUGUUCAGACUAACACUGCCCCCCUUUUAGACUUCGGUUCUCCCUUUCCCGUCCCCGCAGCCCAGCCCAGCUCUGACAUGUGGGGGGAUUUCACAUCUGCAGGUUCCAACUCCAGUAAAGAUGCUGUCAAACCAGGAUGGGUGCAGUUUAGUUGAGUCGGGAGAAAGCGUGCACACACUCAGGUUCCACACAUUCCACGGACAGGACCAUUGUGGCAAAAAAAAAAACAAAAAAACAAAGAAAGAAACUAAAAGAGAGGAUGUUUUUACAAGACUUGACUGGGUCAUUCGCUGCACUCGUUCUGUAAAGAGUUUGUUCACGUAAACUAUAGCCCACUGACCAACAAACUCUGGAGGAGCAAACAGUACAAUGUACAUAUAUUUUUUCUUUUUUUCCAAUCUUAGUCUUUUUUUUCCACAUUCUGCUGUGCAGUGGGAUCUGUCUUUUGAUUCUUAGUUGUCAGGUAACCACUUGACCGUCGCUGUUAGAGCCUCUGCUCUCUCUGAGAAAAGUGAGCAUAGUGAUGGUUGAAGGGAAAGGGUUUUCUCUCGUCACACUAACCAGGUGAAAACAUCAGUCCGUUGCCUUAAAUCAAAUGUGCCCUUAUUUUUUUCCUCUUUUCUAGUCCUGUCACUGUCAGUCUACCCAAAAUUUUGAUUUGAUUGUAUCCCUCUGGUCCUUGUCUUCACAACAUCAUGCAUUUAUUUUCCGAACAGUUUUCUCAAUACACCAGCACCACUCAUGUCAAGGUUUUCUUCACCAUUUGGGAAAGUAAUAUGGUUUACCUAUUGAAGUAUCCAUGUUUUGUUUAGUUGUAUGUCAGUGUGUGUUUUCUGUUUCUAUUUUCAUCUUCCUAGUUUUUGUUUUAGGAGAUUUUGCAAAGCUCCAUCGAUAUUUGAUGAUUAGUUUUAUGUUAAAGCUCUUAAGCCCUCAUCAAAAAUACCAGGAUUUUUUUUUUUUUUUUAAUCGUGGUGUUGGAAUAAAGUCAUGAUUGCCAUUUUGUCUGUCAUUCAGAGCUUGAAAAUGUUUUGUUGGUGUGUUCAUGCUUGUUUUUGUGUACACCCUUCACAUGUCUUUUCCUCUCGUGUUGUUGCUUUUUAAAAUGUGCCUUUUACCAAAUUGAAUUUUCCUUAAUCUCGUUGAAGAUUUGCAUUGAGUAUUUGAUUAAGUGCCUUUCUGAAAAUGAUCUAAAAUGUAUAAAAUGUAAACCUAUGUCUUCAUGUAAAUAAACGAUAUAUUUCA